GGAUGUCCUCAGGAAUCCAGUCACCCCCUCCUUGGAAGAACAUAUUUGACAGGACGAAGUCAGCCGGAGCCCGCAGUCCAGCCCCAGCCUUCAGUCAGGCGCAGACUCCCCCAGCCCCAUCUCCUGCUCUCCCUUUUGGACGUUUUUGUUCGGUGUUGAAGCACAGCAAAUAAGCAGCCAUGGAUGCCAUCAAGAAGAAGAUGCAGAUGCUCAAGCUCGACAAGGAGAAUGCCUUGGACAGAGCUGAGCAGGCCGAGUCAGACAAGAAAGCAGCUGAGGACAGAAGCAAACAGUUAGAGGAAGAACUGAGAGAAUUGGAAAAGAAAUUGCGUGUUACAGAAGAUGAAAGAGAUAAAGUUUUUGAGGAGUUCCAAACUGCUGAGGAAAAAAUGUUGGCUGCUGAGGAGACCGCUACCAAGGCUGAGGGAGACGUAGCUUCCCUUAACAGACGUAUCCAGCUGGUUGAGGAGGAGUUGGAUCGUGCUCAGGAGCGUCUGGCCACAGCCCUGCAGAAGCUUGAGGAGGCUGAGAAGGCUGCAGAUGAGAGCGAGAGAGGCAUGAAGGUCAUUGAGAACAGGGCCAUGAAGGAUGAGGAGAAGAUGGAGAUCCAAGAGAUCCAGCUGAAAGAGGCCAAACACAUUGCUGAGGAGGCAGAUCGCAAAUAUGAGGAGGUCGCCCGUAAACUGGUCAUCAUUGAGGGUGACCUGGAACGUACAGAGGAGCGUGCUGAGCUGUCAGAAAGGCGCGCUCAGAGAGUGGAGGAAGAGCUAAGGGUUUUGGAACAAAGCCUGAAAUCACUAACUUCCACAGUUACACAGUACUCACAGAAGGAAGACAAGUAUGAGGAAGAGAUCAAGGUCCUCACUGACAAGCUGAAGGAGGCUGAGACUCGUGCUGAGUUUGCUGAGAGAUCAGUAGCCAAGCUUGAGAAGACCAUUGAUGACUUGGAAGAGAACCUGUCAAAAGCUAAAGAAGAAAACCUGGAUAUGCACCAGAUGCUGGACCAGACUCUAAUUGAACUGAAUAACUUGUGAACGCACAGUCCCGGACCCCUCCCACACGUACACACACGCAGUGGUUUGGCUUUUUGCAUUUGCACGUUGCUUACCAAAAACCCCUCUUUUUAUUCCUCUCCAAUGAUGGAGAACAACCAGCCAGUUGCUAUUUUUAUUGCACAUUCUUGUUUUUAGCGGAUCUCAACCCAGGAGCAAGCCAAAGAGAAUGAAAGCAUAGCCGUACCUGUUUGAUACCAAUACAAAAAAGUUUAUUUUUACCACUGCCUUUUGCAGUUAUUAAACUAUGUAUUUUUGUAGGUUUUUUUAUUUACAUUUCAUCUGGUUAAAUGACAUGUAAAAUUAGUGAUGGAGAUUGUUUUUCUACAUCUGCGAAAAAGCUGAUCUGCAUUUUCCAGCUUAAUUGUGCACAUAGCAAAGGACAAAGUGGAAAGGUUUUGCCCUUAGUCCAAUUUGAUACUAUGCAAAAAACAAAGUUGAUUUCCCACAAGAAUACCUGUACAUGGAUUAUUGCCUGUCUGUAUGUAUACUGGUGCUACUGUAUCGUUGAUUCCAUUGUGCAUUACAGAAUUUGGAAACUUAAUGUGUCGUUAAAAAUCCAUGCUUCAGUUUUUUUCUUUAAAAAAAAUUCAGUUCUGGUUGUGCAUUAUUUUAGUUUUAUUUUUAAAAUGGAAGUUUCAAAUGCACAACAUAUCCUAAUGUAUAAU